AUGGCUGCCAAGACGAUUUUCCUUCUUGCUUUGUUAGGAGUUGCAUCUUCCAAACUCCCACAUAAACGGACAUGUGACCCAGAACCAAGAAAGGACAGACCGACUCUGUGCUCAAAUUACGGAAAUAUAUUAUACCUUGAUAAACGCCAGGCAAUAAUCGAAAAGAAUCAAAGCAUGCUGGAACAAAGGAUUAGUGCACUGGAAGGUAAGGCCAAGAAGAUUGCACGUCUGGAAACCUUAGUGACUGACCUUUCAAGUGCACUUGGGGAUCUUGAAAGGAUGAAGACACAGACCGAGACGGAAUUCCAAAACACAAAGACACAGCUAAAGAAACACAAGGAGGACAUCGCCAGCCUGAAGAGGGAGGUUCGAGAUCUGGUCGAACACAGGGAGAGAGUCGGGGGAAACUUCAGUGAGAUUGAAAAGAAGCUUGAUGCCACCGAGAAGCAGUUGAGGGACAAGACAGCCAAGCUGGAAAAUCUGGAGACUGAAACUGAAGGUGCGUUCAAUGACACACAGAGACUCCUGAGUCUAUAUAAGAAUGAACUUUCCAACCUGACCACGACGGCCCAGAGGCUUGAAGUCAAAGUCGAAGCCCGACUGGAUUCCACGAGGACGGAAUUUGAUGCCAAACUGAAGGAGGUACAAAACAAAAAUGAAGCUUUCAGCACAAAACUGAAUGAGCAAAGUGCUAAAGUUGAUGAAUUUAAGGAGGAAUCUGACAGAAAGUUGAGGAGUAUUGACACACAGCUGAAAACACAAAAAACCACAGUGGACAUGCAGAAGGCUGACAUCGACUCCCUGAAGAGCAGCACUGCAGGUAUCAAAACCAGACUGGGGUCAGCUGAGGGAAAACUUGCUGAACAAAAUACACUCAAAGAAGCACUGAACAGGCUUACAGCAGACGCUAAUGCCAAGGUGGCAUUUUCUGCUACUAUAAUCGAAUCUACUCAUGUGUUCACUGGACCUGGCAGCAGUCACAGAAAAACUCUGAUUUUCAACAGAGUUUUGACAAAUAUUGGCAAAGCUUACAACUCUAAAACAGGCAUCUUCACUGCUCCACGGAAAGGGGUUUACCACUUCUCAUUCAUGACUUUUGGAUACAGCGGCUACACUUCAGGAGCCAUCCUGGUGAAGAACGGCCAUUACCAAGUGAGCACAUGGGAGUUCAAAGGGCCAGACGCGAGCGACACCACCAGCAACGCAGUCAUUCUGGAGCUGAGUGUCGGAGACUGUGUCAGCAUCAUCCUGUGGCAAGGUGGAAAAGUACAUUCAAGUGUCUUCAGUGGGUUCCUUGUCUUCCCAACAUCCUAGAAUUCUGGGCGAUGUUUUUAAUUCAGGACACAUUAUAUUUGCCUUGUUUAGUUAGUCAUCUUAGCAAUGUUUCAUGUCAAGUGUAAAAAAUCCUCUUAAAAUACCUUGGUGAAAUAACCAGGCUUAUCACAGUCAGUAAUAAAAAUAGAAACUGUCAGUGCUCUCCCUGAAGAAGAAAGGCUGCUCAUUACAUGAUUUAAGUGAAAUUGAUUUUUUAUUUCUUCUUUUUUUAAAUGUUAUUUCUUAUCAUAUGAUGAUUUAAAGGCUAUUCUUUAGGGUGGUUGAUGAUGUGUGUUUUAGAGAGGGUGAGAUAUGUGACCACAAUGUAAUCUUGUUUCUAAAAUUAUACUCUUUUAAAUAAAUGUCUUUAAACCACUACAAUGGUGUUUUUUGGGGGAUUUGUGCUUGGAUGUACAUUGGGCAAAUAAACAACAACAAAUAAUCAGAAAUAUAUACUGUUUGUUAAAAAAAAAAACAACAACUGAGCAAUAAACCUACAAAGUCAAAACAAUCUGUAAGGUUUAUUUUUGUAACAGGAAGUCAAUAGAUUAUAUUAAACUUAUAUUGCCAUAUACAUUAGUAAAUAUUUAAAUGUGUCACACUGCAAUACGAAAAAGACAUGCAGAGAUUCAUUUAAAUGGCAUACUAUUGAUAAAUGAUUUAAAAGUAAUUUAAUUGUUAAUAUAUUGUUACUAGUAUUUGGUGAGUAAUUUUGAUCUUACGCUUUAGUGUCUGGUAUCUAUAAAGAAUAUCUAUAGUUUAAAACACAUCUCUGACUUUUAGCUGAACUACGUGUGCUAAUUGUAAAUUAAGUGCUUGUUUGUUUUUAAAAAAAA